UUGCAUGGGGACCCCAUGCGGAAGGUGACAUUUAGGGGACGUUUUUGGGGACCUCAUGGCUGUUGUCCCCACCCCCCCCCCCCACAGGAGCGACGCAGCUGCGGACUUUGUCACUGUCCCAAAAUGCCAUCGGGACAGCAGGGCUGGAGGAGCUGCUGCUCUGCAUCCCCGACGGUGUCACCAACCUGGAGGUGGCCGCCAUCGGGGGACCAAAGCCCGCUUGGUGUCACCAAGCUGUGCAACUUCCUGCGCCAGGAGCGCUGUGCUGUCACCCAUCUGACGGUGGCCGGGAAUCACCUGGAUGGCAGCGAUGUGACAGAGCUGAUGGGGGCCGCCAUGUUUCGGGGCCGCGUUCGCAGCCUGGACGCUUCGGCCAAUGGAGCUGUGAGCGCUGCGUCCCUGCGGUCGCUGCAGGCGAUGCUGGCAGGGCGGCCCCACGCGCUGCGCCACCUCAACCUGGCAGGUUGCUCCCUGCAGCUCCCGCCGGACGACGCCGUGUGGGAACAACUGGGGGCAGCGGUGGAAGAACUGCGGAUCCGGGGGGCGGCGCGACGGGGGGGGCAAAAAUGGGGGGGGGGGGAGGGGAGGGGGGCUGAGAGAUGGGGGGCAGUGAUGGGGGGGGCAACGCGAUAUGUCAAGGCGUGGGGAUAUCAUGACAUGGGGAUGUCGCGAUAUGGGGACAGGGUGACAUGGGGAUUUCACGAUACGGAGAUGUCAUGA